AUGGAGGAAGGCAAAGAAAAGGCAGUGUGUGGCUCAAGUCAUGUGACUGAAGAAGAACCGGGUGUUUCCGAGAGCAAUGUUUCAGGCUUUCCUCUUCUGACUGAUGAAAAGUUUGAUUUUGACCUUUCACUUUCUCCAUCAAGUGGGAAUGAAGAGGAGGUUUUUGUUGGACCUUUGGGACACAAAGAGAAAUGUAUUUCUGUCAAUGUUGAAGCAAAAGAACGUGCUAAAAAAAUAAGUGAAUCAUCUUCUGAUAGUAACCUCAUGUGGAGCCCACUUACAGGAGAGAAAUUUGUGGAAAUUUUCAAAGAAGCUCAUUUGUUAGCACUGCAGAUUGAGACUGAAAGCAAGAAUGAAAAGAACAAAAGCCAAGUGGAAGAACGGGAAAACAAGACCGUAGAAAAAUUUGUGCAGGACUCAAAGUCAAAACUUAAAAUGCUGAGAAACCUAAAUAUAAAAAAAAGUCCCAGGGCUGUUAAAAGAGAGACAUACUGUGUGCAGGAUAGCCCAGCAUGUCAGCUGCCACCUUUUUUUCAGAAGCAAUCUGACAAACUUUUGUCAGAUGACAAAGCACACGCUCUUCAUACUCCUCCCAGCAGAAGCCCUGUUAAAAUGCAUCUGUCUCCUGCAGAAGUUGCCAGUUCACUUCUGACACAAGAACAGCAAACUAAAGAAAAAAAUACAAAGACAACUGGCAAACUGCCAAUGGCAAAACCUCUGCCUGCUCUUGGAAAAAGCAAUUUGUUGAUCAUUGGAAAGCCCAAACCAGGACAACUUACUAGCAUUUCUACAAAAAGAGACUUGAACAGCAUAGGAUCACCUGAGGAUCUAAUUUCUGAUAAAUCUAGUGCUGCUUCAGAUGUCUUUGAGUCUUCAUUCGGUGGCGGUUCCUCAGUGCAAGAUAAAGCCCUUCCUGCACCAAAUAAGGCUGGCUUAAAGAAGACAACACAUCUGAAGCUUCCUGGUGUUGCCAGUGGUAUCACAAGGAAAAAUACUUCAUCUUCAUCAUCAGUUUCCAGCACAACCUCAAGUCUGAAUUCAAGUUUACCCAUUUCUCCAGUAGGAAAAAAUGGAAAAUCAAAUGUGACUUCAAAAACUAGUGUGAGUGGCUCUAAGUUUCCAUCUAAUAUAAACAGGCUGUCCCUUGUCAGACCUACCCGACUGUCAUCUCUGCAGACUGCCAAUAGUGAGAAAGCCAGGGAGCCAGCCAGGUCAGCCAGUACUCCCAGAAUAUCUAGUGCUGUGACAAUGGCCAAAUCUUCAGCUGCAACAGCAUCUGAGGCUGCAGGCAGUGGAAUUCAGAGGCUGAGCUCUGUUCCCAGUCUGCAGAAACUCUGUCAGCAGAAUGAAGAUGGAAGUGCAACAAAAGGAAGCCUUUGUCCAAAGGCCAAGGCCAGAGUUCUGUCCGUUUCUGCUAGUCAGACUAAGGUUCCAGGGAAGACUGGAGGUACACCAACAAGCAAACUGGCACCAAAAGCAACACCAUCUCUUGGAUUAACAUUUUGUGGCACGCUUGGAAG